AUGCUUUUAGAAAAAUGUUGCCUGCUUACAGUUUGAGCAUUUAGAUGGAUAAUAAGAUCAUUUCGCUUAUCAAAACGACCACAGCGCCACUCACAAACACGACGCAUUUUGUAUCACCCGUUUCCUCGCACCGCUAAGCGUUUGCACUUCCCUAUUAACAACUCUCCGAAAGGCUGAGACGUGUUUUGGAACGAUUCCGUUCAUUGGUCAGUUGAAGGAACCAAAAUACGCUUGAUCAGCAUGUUCGGCAGAAGCAAGCAAAAAGAUAAAUCCACGAGGAACCAAAGAGUCGUCAGUUGGAGUGUCUCAUUUGAAAAUGUUCUGGAAGAUCCUAUAGGCCUUAAAACUUUUACAGAAUUCUUAAAGCGAGAGUUCAGUGUAGAAAAUAUCAUGUUUUGGGUUGCCUGUAAACAGUACAGCACUCUCACUGAUAAGCAACAGAGGAUCAAAUUGGCUAAAGAAAUUUAUGAUCUUCACUUGCGGCCUGGAGCAACAGAAGCUGUUAAUAUUAAUAGCCAUACGCGCCAAUGCGUACUUCUCAACUUACAAAAUCCACCCCCAGAUCUCUUCCAGCAAGCUGAAAAGGAAAUUUUCACAUUAAUGAAGUUCGACUGCUAUCAGAGAUUCCUAAAAUCUGAGCUCUACGAAGAAUGCGUUGCUGCCGAGAAGUUAGGAAAACCAUUGCCAUGCACUUACCUAACAAAUUCUAAGAGUCCUUCCAGAACGCGGUUUCGAAGCAAGAGUAGAGAUCGCAACAGAAUACAACACGCCAAAAAAUCCAAUUCUGCGCAUUACAGUAUUAGCAAAGAACUUAGUGUAACUCCUAACACAGAGGAAUCGUCGACGAACAGAAGAUCGUUUGUGUCAUCCAAAAGAGACUUCGAUGCUUUGUGGAAUAGACUUCAGCAAAGAUUAGAUGAUCAAAGAGGUACUGAGCUGAACUUUGAAAUACCAGCCUUUCUAUGCACUGAUGACACGACAACUGUUAGUGGUUGAAAUGCGAAUUUUCUUCAGACAUUAUCGAGGAUUCAAGCUAAUGAAGUUGAAAUACAAGUUCUGCUUGAAACUUUGCGUAGGAAUGCAAUGUUUCACGAAAAUGCUAUGCUCUUAAUUGAAAAAAAUAUGAACAUUUUAUUUUUCUUCAAACUGUGACAGGGUUCUGGAUGCAUAUCAAAGAAGAUCUUAGUUUAAUAUCAUUGAAGAACAGAAUGUUCAGGAACUCUAGUGAUCAUUGCUGUAAUAGCACUUAUCGUUUUGUUGUUGUGAUAAUCUAUGCCAUUUUAUUCAUUAAACUUAUAAAUAUCUUAAA